GAUUGUAGAGUGUGCAAAAGUGAAACAGAUCAUGACUUCCUCAUAGUUGUUUUUCUUGACGAGUAUACACAUACUCAUUGCUUUGAUAUGACGCUAUGUUUGCUACAAACAUAGUCUUCUUCGGUCUUUCCGAAGCAUUCUAGUAGUGAUUAUUAAUUGUUUUAUUGUUUAAUAAUUCCUUGUCCAUAGUUAUUCUUUCUUUCUGUUUCAUUAUUUUUUGUGUUCCACUAUUUCAAUUCAAUGUUACAGACGUUCUGUUUUAAAAGUUUAGCAUUUAGGUUAAACAUUAGUAGUAAAUGAGAGUGUUUUGCAUUGUAAUUUUCUCGUCGUAGUUUCUUUUUGUAACUCUUUUAGUUGUGUGUUUUAUAUUUCUCAUCGUUAUAAUAUUACUUUUUUUAUAAUUACUAUGCAACGCAAGUCGGGCCAAACAAUACACAGCGAAGCCCGAAAUAUAAUCCGUCAUGUUAUAAGAAAAUGUGAUGAAGAAGCACGUAAACGUCAAUUUCUUUAUCCACUUCAGCAAGCAACUAUCCGUGCUUCGGAAUACACAGGAGUGUCUGUCACAACUAUUACUCGGAUUCGGAAGGAGGAUACCAAAUACGGCGAAAACGAGUCUCUACCAUCGCCAGGAAAGAAACGGGCGAAGAGUGAAGAUAAAAAGUUUCAUUGCUCGCUUGAAAAUGAAACAAUAAUCAGAAAUAUUAUUUAUGAGUUUUAUGUAGUAAAGAAGAUUUCUCCAACAGGCCGUACAUUAUUAAAGGCCAUUCAAGAAAAGAUCGAUUUUCCGUGGGGAUUAACUACACUUUAUAGAUUACUUAAACGCAUGGGUUUUACAUGGAAAAAGACUCACAGUAUUAAAAAAGUAUUAGUUGAAAAUCCAAAUAUUGUGAGUUUAAGGUCUAAAUAUUUAGAAGCAAUAUUAUAUUGUAGGAAUGAUGAUAAGAAUAUAAUUUACAUUGGUAAAACAUCUGUGGACAAUACUUUGUAUUUUCGUGAGUGUUGGGAAGGUCAGGAGAAUAAAAAACCUGUGAAAAAUGUUAGCUCACCACAUCGGUUCAAUAUUGUUCAUGCUGCAGGAAUGAAUGGUUUUAUAAGAGGAGCCGAAUUAGUAUUUGAAUCAUUUACAACUGGUAACUACUCAGGACAAAUGCACACAACAAAUUUUGAAAAAUGGCUUAUAGAAAAAUUGUUGCCUAAUAUUUCUCAGAAAUCUGUGAUAAUUAUGGAUGAUGUCCCCUGGUUUGUACAAUUGAGCAAACCACCUUCAAAGUAUUCUACAAAUAAGGAAAUGAUUCAAUGGUUAGCGGAUAAUAACAUUUCACAUGGGUCAGACAUGCGAAAGUACCAAUUGUAUGAACUAAUAGAAAGGAAUAAAAAAUUGGAGAAAAGCUUUAAAAUUGAUGAAACAUUAAGAUUGCAUGGACAUAGUAUAUUACGUAUACCACCAAAUAUGAGCUUCCUAAAUCCUAUGGAACAAGCUUGGAUGCAAGUAAGAAUAAAAACAGAAGAUAAUAAUACAUAUUAUAUAUCUAGCAAUGAUUUAGUAGCAGAUAUCAUUGAAGCAGUUAACGAAAUAAAAUUGGCUGAUUGGCGCAGUUUUUGGGAACAUGUAAAACAGUUGGAAAAAGAAUAUUGGCAAAGAGAUAAAAUAAUAGAAGAAGCCACAGAUAAUUUUGGAAUCAUGAGUGGUGACUCAGAAAGUGAAGAUGAAUUUGUAAAUGAAUACACAUCUUCCGAAGAUGAAUAAGUAUUGCCUCGAAACAAGCAACAGUUUCGAGCCUCGAAAUUAGCAAAUUUUUAUCCCCACUUCUUUGAUUGAAGUCCGCCGCCGAGUGAGAGAUCCGAGAAGGAGUGAGAGGUCCGCGAAACCGAAGAAGUCAUAAAUUUUCAUGGUCGACUGAACAGUAUAAUGGAAAGAGGACAGAACAUAUAUAUUGUUUUCUCACUCUGAUGCAUAGCGAUUGUGUCGUAUCGUUAUGCGUCUCGCCUAACAAUUGGUCAUUUUUAUCCUAUCCUAUCCUUUUUUUUUUUUUUUUUUUUUUUUUUAACGU